AAGACCGGGCAAUCCUCGCCCAGCUUGGUGACUUGGUGCCUUCUAAGCGAUCAGGCUCAUUUCUCAAACCUGAUGACUGGAGCUCAAAGGGAGUAUUUAUGAAAAUAUGCAUCAGCUUAAUACUGUUUUGGAAUUCAUGAGAUGGAAGCAUAGGUCAAAGCUAUUUGAAGAGAAUUGGAAGUACAAUUUUAUAGCCACAUCUUCAAGGAGUCAGGAAAAAGCAGUAGGAGGUGGAGUCAUUGUCAAGUGGUUGUGGCAUUCUACAAGAAAUCUCAUUGAGUAAAGGCAUUUGCAUUAGCGAAAUAACAGGAUCAAUUAUUCAAGGUGACAGUGUAACAGAAAGCAUUAAAACUGAACAAUGACUCGGCUAUAUAUUUACAUCAGAUUAUUAGGAACCUAUCUGUUCAUCAUUUCUCAUGUUCAAGGGCAGAAUCUAGACAGUAUGCUCCAUGGCACUGGGAUGAAAUCAGACUCUGACCAGAAGAAGUCAGAAAAUGGAGUGACCUUAGCACCAGAGGAUACCUUGCCUUUUUUAAAGUGCUAUUGCUCAGGACACUGCCCAGAUGACGCCAUUAAUAACACAUGCAUAACUAAUGGUCAUUGCUUUGCCAUCAUAGAAGAAGAUGAUCAGGGGGAAACCACAUUAGCUUCAGGAUGUAUGAAAUAUGAAGGAUCUGAUUUUCAAUGCAAGGAUUCACCAAAAGCCCAGCUUCGCCGUACGAUAGAAUGUUGUCGGACCAAUUUAUGUAACCAGUAUUUGCAACCUACACUGCCCCCUGUUGUUAUAGGUCCAUUUUUUGAUGGCAGCAUUCGAUGGCUGGUUGUACUCAUUUCCAUGGCUGUUUGCAUAAUUGCUAUGAUCAUCUUCUCCAGCUGCUUUUGUUACAAACAUUAUUGCAAGAGUAUCUCAAGCAGGCGUCGUUACAAUCGUGAUUUGGAACAGGAUGAAGCAUUUAUUCCAGUGGGAGAAUCAUUAAAAGACCUUAUUGACCAGUCACAAAGUUCUGGUAGUGGAUCUGGAUUACCAUUAUUGGUUCAGCGAACUAUUGCCAAGCAGAUUCAGAUGGUUCGGCAAGUUGGUAAAGGCCGGUAUGGAGAAGUGUGGAUGGGUAAAUGGCGUGGUGAAAAAGUGGCAGUCAAAGUGUUUUUUACAACUGAAGAAGCUAGCUGGUUUCGAGAAACGGAAAUUUACCAAACUGUACUAAUGCGCCAUGAAAAUAUACUUGGUUUUAUAGCAGCAGACAUUAAAGGCACAGGUUCCUGGACUCAACUUUAUUUGAUUACCGAUUACCAUGAAAAUGGAUCUCUCUAUGACUUCCUGAAAUGUGCUACACUAGACACCAGAGCCCUGCUUAAGUUGGCUUACUCAGCUGCCUGUGGUCUGUGCCACCUCCACACAGAAAUUUAUGGCACCCAAGGAAAGCCUGCAAUUGCUCAUCGAGACCUAAAGAGCAAAAACAUCCUCAUCAAGAAAAAUGGAAGUUGCUGCAUGCUGACUGGCCUUGCUGUUAAAUUCAACAGUGAUACAAAUGAAGUUGAUGUACCCUUGAACACCAGGGUGGGAACCAAACGGUAUAUGGCUCCAGAAGUGCUUGAUGAAAGCCUGAAUAAAAACCAUUUCCAGCCCUACAUAAUGGCUGACAUCUAUAGUUUUGGCCUGAUCAUUUGGGAAAUGGCUCGUCGUUGUAUCACAGGAGGGAUAGUAGAAGAGUACCAAUUGCCAUAUUACAACAUGGUACCCAGUGACCCAUCCUAUGAAGAUAUGCGUGAGGUUGUGUGUGUCAAACGUUUGCGGCCAAUUGUGUCUAACAGAUGGAACAGUGAUGAAUGCCUGCGAGCAGUUUUGAAGCUAAUGUCAGAAUGCUGGGCCCAUAAUCCAGCCUCCAGACUUACAGCAUUGAGAAUCAAGAAGACACUUGCCAAAAUGGUGGAAUCCCAAGAUGUAAAGAUUUGACAAUUAAACCAUCCUGAGGAGAAAUUCUAGACUGCAAGGACUACGUUCCCCAAGGAACGGGUGGAAUUAGCAUGGAAUAAGGAUGUUGUCUUGGUUCUCAGACUCUUUCCUCACUACACCUUCACAGGCUGCUAACAUUAAACCUUUCGGUACUCUUGUAGACUACAAGCUGGAAACUUCUAAACACUUCAUUCUUUACAUAUGGACAGCUUUAUUUUAAAUGUGGUUUUUGAUGCUUUUUUUUUUAAAUUGGGUUUUUAUGAACUGCAUCAAAACUUCAAUCCUGAUGAAUAAGUCUCCAGUCAAACUCUAUGUACUGAAUUGCCUGUUCAUAAAAUGGUGCUUUCUGUGAAAGCCUUAAGAAGCUAAAUGAGUUCAACAGAGAUGGAGAAAUACACACUUUUGCCUUCUACCUGAGAAAAUUCAUUUUGUAUCCUACCUUUGUAAAACAGCCUAUAGAUUACAAUCUCUUUGGGAUUCUGCUUAGUUCAUGAUAGUGCAUCCCGCUUUCCUAGAUGAUGGUGUGUGUGUGUGUGUGUGUGUCUGUGCGCGCACGUGCAUGCGCACACAUACACCAGUGUUCCUCUGCUGCCGUUUGAAUUAGAAGAAAAUAAUUUAUGAAAUGCACAGGAAGAUGUUGGUGGCUGGUGGUUUUGUGCUUUAAAAAUGCAAUAUCUGACCAAGAUUCGCCAAUCUCAUAAAAGCCUUUACCUUGCAAUUAAGGUAGCUUCCCGCCAACUUUAUCUUUUAACAUAAUAGUUGCUAUGAAAGCCAAGAGAAGUUUAAAGUGUUCAUAAAUUUGGACUAUUUCCUUCUACCACCAUCGUUUUUUUUUUUUUUUUUUUUUUGUGAUUAUUUUGUCAUGAGAAGCAUUCUAUCUGAAGUUGUAGCUUCUAAUGCCAUGAACCAUGCUUAUAACACUUCUUAUUGAAGUGAAUUACUGCAUUUGAUAGCAAUGUAAGUGCCUAUAAUCAUGUUCUGUAUUCUUUUUUCUCAGUAACUUUUAAAGGGAAGUUAUUUAUAUUAUGUGUGUAAUGUGCUUUAUUUGCAAAACACCUGCUCUUUUACAACCAUAUUUUAUAUAUGUACAUACAUUCACACUGUAGAAACCAGCUAACAUGUACCUCACAUCCUAACCUUAAAGGAAAAAAUGUUUUAAAGUACAACUUUAUUUGAGUUUUUUCAGAAUUAAUGCAUCCAGAGUAAUGUAUCAGAUCCAGGUCUUCAUUAACUUCAAGCAAAACUUCAUUAAGAUAAUACCAUCUGAGUUUUCCUUUACAAAAGAAUGCUAUAAUUAGGAAUUUAUAUGUCAGAGCUGACAUAGAUUUAUCAAUGACUCUUAAAUAUGUUUUUGACAUAGAUUUAAUCAUUUGAUAAUAUUUGGUUUUACAGUUUCUGGUCCCAAAUUUGUGAAGACAAUGAAGAGUAAGGCAAAAACUUUGAAUAUUUAGUACCCGCAUCUACACUAUAUAGCUGUUACUCAAUAAAAUGAUAGAUAUUUUAUAGAGGCUUUGUUAUCUCAAGGAAUACUGAUUUACUUAAACUUGCUGUUUUUAUAAUACCUUCUAAAUAUUAAUCUCCUGAAAAAACAACUAAUGAGAGCAUUAAGUAAAACAAAUUUCUUUGAAUAUAAUGUGAUUGUGUCACAAUAUAGUGAAAAGGUUCAAACCUUUUAAGAAUUUUUAGAAAGGAGAAAAAAAGUUUAAAUGGGGGAAACCAGAGCAUAUGCCCACCCAUCACCAAAAACUUGACUGUCAUUUAAAGCUUAAAUUAACAUAUUGUCUACACACAUUAGAUAAGUUUCAUCUAACAAAAAGUUUGAAAGUUCAUUAAGAAAUAAAUUUGCAUAUUGCUAUUACCCCAAAAUUUGCUUUUUCAGAGUGUUUCUCAUCUGUAUACUGAGAAUAAGGAUAUUUUAAUCAGAAUUACCAUGUGAUUGGAGAACACAAGAGAAACCCAAUUUGCAUAGUCUAUUUUUGCUUUAAAAAUAUUUAGCAUCUUAAUAAUGAAGAAAAUACAUAAAGAAAGGCAAACUUCAUUCUGGUGUGUGUAAAAUGGUGUGUGUAGCUGGGCACGGUGGUACAUGCCUAUAAUCCCAGCGACUUGGGAGGCUGAAACAGGAGGAUUGCAAGUUAAAAGUCACCCUCAGCAAUUUAUCAAGUUCCUUAGCAACUUAGUGAGGCCCUGUCUCAAAAUAAAAUGGGCUGGGGAUGUGACUCAGUAGUUAAGUACCCCUGAGUUCAAUCACAGUACCAAAAAAAAAAAAGUGUAUGUAGCCCAAAAGUAACAGAAAGUGUAUGAGACCACUGUAAAGAUUUUUUUAAAACUAACUUGAUCUAGUAAAAGUGAUAUCAAGAAUUAACCUUAGAUACAUGGUCAGUGAAACAUUUUCUAGUAUGACAUGUUCUUUAAAAAGCAGAUGCUUGCCAUAUUUGUAAUCCUAAAAUCUAAAAACAUUGCAUGAAAUUUAUUUUCUCCCUUUUGCUUUUAAAUUUGAAGAUCAUGUAGUAAAUGAAAAAAAGACCAGUAAAAAGAAGUAUUAUAUUGUACCAUAGUUAAUUAUUUGUAAAAUGCUGGAAACCAUUAUUUGAUUGCACUUAUAAUUUAGUGUUUAAAAAAAUAUGUGACUUCAGACAGUCAUCCUUAUAAAUAAUUAAAACAUAAAAACUUCAAAAAUCGGAACUACCAGAAUAUAAACAGCAAAGGUUAACCCUCAAGGAAAAUUCUUCUUAUGAAUUCUCUUUAUGCUGAACAUCUUCAGGAUUAAAGUCAUAUUAAGAUUGCUUCAGGAUUGGGGUAUAGCUUAGUGAUAGAGCACUUGCUUAGCAUGUGUGAGACCCUGGGUUCAAUCCCCAAUAAGCCCAACCCCCCAAAAUGGCUUCAGUUUGUUCAUUCUAAACUUUUACCAUGCUUUCUUUUUUUUUCUUUUUUGGCAGCGCUAGAGAUCAAACCCAAGGCCUUAUAUGUGCUAGUAGGCAAGUGCUAUACCACAGCUACAUCCCCAACCUACUGUCCUUUCUCACUGAAUAAGUUUCUAAAGUAUAAAAUUUAAAUCUAAUUUCUCUGGAAUUAUUUUCACAAAAGAAACUUUACUUGGAACAUUAUGUUGCCUUUUCAGUGUCCAGAAGUGCUUCUAAACUUAGAAAGUGACCUUUAUUUUCUGUAAAAUGUUUUCCUAGAAUGUGCCAUGUUUUUAUUUAUUCACUCUAACAAAUAUUCAAUGCUUUUUUUUUUUUUUUUUUUUUUUCCAGGUUCUUUUUUCUCUUUAGAACAAAAAUACAGUAUAGGUCCCAAGGUCACAUUUGAUAUUGACUAAUCAAAACACAUUUCUUUUCAUAUAUGUUGUUUGAAAUGUUAAACAUCUAAAAUAAUUUCAAGAACAGAAAUAUUGAUUUAUUAAAGAAAUUGUUGUCCAUGUACUGAUUAGUAAUAUUAUUGACAGGUCAGUGUAGUAAUUCAUCUUCUUGCCUUAGUAUUGUUAGGAGAGUCACAAUGGAAACUGCAGAGAGAAAACAUGUUCAUAAGAACCAAAUUAAAUCUAGAGCAGUAGCAUAUGAAUCCAUGUGGAAGGAUUGUCCCGUAAAGAAAAUACGUGAAUAUGGCUUUUGCAAAGGAUUUAAGCAUAUUGUAAUUUAAGCUUGUGCUCUGUACUCUGCUUUCAGUGGAAUUAUUUAAGCUCUUUUAGUGACCUUUGUCUUGUCCCACUUAAAAACUAAAAUGUAGUAUAUGUUGUAUAAAAUGAAAAUAUCAUUGUAGCUUACUUAGGGAAACUGUAUAUAGGCAUUGAAAAAAGGGUUUAAAAAAGCAGUUUUAUGCAAUUGUAAAACACCAAAAAUAGAUUCAUCUUUGAUAUGUAACACACUAAAUGUAUUUUGUACAGCAUCUGGUUUAAAAGGUGCCUUAAGUUUACCAUUAAUUGCUUUGUUCUAUAUUCAGAUUAUGUCCAAUGUAUCAUUUUUAAGUAAAUGACCUUAUUUUAGUAUA